AUGAGUGCGCCGCCUCCGCCCCCGCCGCAUGGCGAGGUGCCCAGGUCGUCUGGCCUGCCGCCAGGCAAAUAUGACAUAUUUGUCAUCCCGGAGCAUUCUGCCGGCGCCGGUUUCCUGUAUCUGCCGUCACUAAAGCCCAGCGUCAACAGCUUCUUCGCGGGCUUUGCCUCUGCCCUGAUACUAGUGGCCUUGUUCCAAAGCAUGGCGCCGGCGUUUCGUGCAUGGUGGGAGACUUUCCAAGGCCUGGGCAACAUGGGCAUAACGCUCCUGAUACUCGGCGUCGGUUUUGGUGCUUGGGCCUUGGGCCGUACGCAAAAGGACACGCCACGCUCCAACUACCAUUAUCAAAGUUCGUACAGCAGCGGAGGUGGAAGCGCAUCGGGUACCGCACCUGGUGGUUUCGGCGCGUCAAGUCCAGGCGCAUCUCCCAGUGGAGGAGCUCAUGCCAGGGGACACGGAGGAGCACCGCCGCCGCCUCCGCCUCACAGCAGUCCGCCGCCGCCACCUCCUGGAGGCGAAGGACCAUCACCGCAAUCUCGAGCGCAGUCGCCGCCCCCCCCUCCAGAGCCAGAGACGCCGAAAGCAUCAUGGCAACGGCCGCUGUCCCGGUCCAGUCCGCCCCGGCCCAAUCCGCCCCAGCCCAGCACGCCUCAGCCGCAGACACCAAGGGGGACUUGGGAAAAGGCCCGUGAGGAAACGAGGAAGAAGGAAGAAGAACGAAAAGUGAAGGAAGCAGAACAAAAGCGCCGAGAAGAGGCUGCAAACCGGCUUGCGGAACUCAGGGCAAAGGAAGCGAGGGAGAGACAAGAGCGGGAGAGGGAAAGAGAGCGAAAGGAAAAAGACGUCAAGGACAAGAAGCUCAAGGAGGAAGCCGAGCAGCGGCGCAAGGAGCUUGCCGAAAGACUCAGGAGAGAAAAGGAAGAAAAGGAAAAAGAGAAGGAGAGGCAACGUGAGAAGGAGAAGGAGGAGCAAAAGAAGAAGGAGGCUGCCGCCGCAGAGGGAGCCACGCGGGUAGGAAGCACGUAUGCCUUGUCAGGGGGCGGAGAGAAGACGAGCAUGUGGCCGAAUGGCAGGCCACCCGUUCCGCCGUCGACGGCUUCAGCAAGACCACCGCCGACCAAAAACCCACCCAGUCCCGAAAAGAAGCCACCCGCCCCGACGGCAAGGACAUGUGUCACGACGCCCGACGACGACGGGUACUCGUACCGGCCGUACGAUCAACAAGACCGAAAGAGUCGGCGGCCGUCCAUUUCCUCCUUUACCGGCUCCGACGCGUCAUGGGCGCAGUCUCACACGACGGCGCGGACGUCGCCGCCGCCGUCGGUCCGCGGUCCGUAUACCACCAAGGACCCUGACAAGAUUGUCAUCCAGGCCGUGUAUCUCUUUAUGAGCCAGUACUCCAAGACCCCAGCCAGUCAGCUCGUCUCUGGCGUGGGAUCCGUCACGGACGGGCUCAUCCUGCGAAUAACGACCGAGGGUCUCUUCAUCGACGACGACGUCCGCGGCGUUCCCCAACGUGAGUGGGACGUCAAGGCGUGGACGCUCAAACUUGUCGAGGUAUGGUGUCCCCCGCACUGCUUGAACGGCUCUGCUCCCGCCACCCCCAGCACCCCGUCCGGACCCAAGAGCGCCCCCCAUUUGCUUUACAAGAUGGCAACGGCCCGGAGAAACGCAGAACGCGACAGCCAAAAGGUCUUCAAUGGCGACGAAGCCGAUGCCUACCUUGCCGAGAUGCUGCGCGCCUGCAAGGGCUGCUGCCGUCUUGGUCUGUGCGAGCGGACACUGAAGAAUACUAACGUUGCGUCCUCGACCGGUCAGACCGGGGCAUGGAAGGCCAAGGGCUUACACGUCCUUCGCGCCUCGGUACGUGAUCAAGAAGGCAAGAGAUACGUGUUUGUCAUGAACGAGACGGAAAGCUGGAAGCUCGCGUUUGGGCUGCAACGUCUGCGCGGCGGGACGCAGGUCCGGCACCUGGGCGUAGCCGGAUUGACGCCGUCGGAAGCCAGGGGCACCCUGGAGAUGCUGGGAUGGUCAGGCUGA